UGAACAUUGUUUCUUUUGCAUUAUGUGAUUUGUUUUGGAUACGUGCGUUGCACUUAAUUAGUUGCAACGAAAUUCUUGGCGUAUAAAGCGUAUAAUGCGUUUUAAUCAAGUACAGAGAUUUCAUCUUUCCUUCAACCAAUGGGCUGCAAAACAACAAUAUGUUCCUAAACAUAAUCCAGUGCUGGAGAAGGAUAUCAAACGGUUGGAAGAUUUCCUUAUGUCAAAACCCAAUAUAGUUGUACUAACAGGCGCAGGCAUUUCAACAGAGUCUGGCAUUCCCGACUACCGUUCUGAGGGAGUUGGUUUAUACGCGCGCACGAACCACAAACCCAUACAACAUAUGGAAUUUGUACGCUCCGCUGACGUGCGUCAACGAUAUUGGGCGCGAAAUUUUGUAGGAUGGCCAGUUUUUUCAGCAACAGAGCCCAAUCGCACCCAUCAUGCGUUGGCGCGUUUCGAACUCGAAGGACGUAUACAGGCUGUAGUAACACAAAAUGUUGACCGGCUGCAUACGAAAGCUGGCAGUCGCAAUGUUGUAGAAUUGCAUGGCAGCGGUUAUGUGGUCAAAUGUUUAUCGUGCGACUAUCGCAUUGAUCGACAUGGAUUUCAGGACAUUCUUAACACCCUAAAUCCUGAAUUUCGUGAUGCACCCGAUAUGAUUCGGCCGGAUGGUGAUGUGGAAAUACCACCUGAGUACAUAGCUAACUUUCGCAUACCAUCAUGCCCAAUAUGUGAUGGUCACAUGAAACCCGAAAUUGUAUUCUUUGGUGAUAAUGUUCCAAAGCAGCGACUCGAACGCAUUGCGGAGAUGAUUUAUAACGCCGAUGGGCUGUUGGUACUCGGUUCGAGUUUGCUGGUAUUUUCUGGCUAUCGAAUGGUACUGCAAACAAAAGACCUCAAUUUGCCUUUGGCUAUCGUAAAUAUUGGCGAGACACGUGCUGAUCAUUUGGCAGAUUUGAAGCUGGCCGCCAAAUGCGGUGAUGUGUUACCGAAAUUGUUUAAUUUUAAAAAAUAAUAUGGAUAUGUAGAUAAAGUAAAUAUGUGGCAAUAUAUUGUUAAAUAUUUUA